AUGGUUAUAACGACUUUAACAUGUUGUUUUAACAACUACAGCGAAACUGAAUUAUCUCACUUGUUUGGUGUUCAAGACAAUACUCACGACUAUUUGAUGAUUAAUUACGAAUUUUUGCUAACAAAAAAAAAAAAACAAAUUGGUGAACAGAAAAUAUGGCAGAAAGUGUCGGUGGACAAUUACUGGAUAGAUAAACCUUCAAAAGUCAUCGACAGGAAUGUUCUGGUGAGUGAUCAUUUAGUCCUGGUAAUUACUGUUCUGGUGUUAUUAGAAGUGACAGUAGCACCAAUGUUUGGUACAUCAACCGAUACUACAGUUUUAGCCAGUUUUCAUUCUGUGGUGCGAAAUGGCGAUACGCUAGAAGAUGCUGAUUUUGAAGCCAACUCUAUCUACGUUGGCGAAAGUAUCAGUCACAACAAUACUCGAAUUGCCUUAGUUGAGUACGGCAGUAACAGCGUAAGGUUCAGAUCGUUAAUCAGCGAUGGUUUAGUGAUUCUACCUGAAAAAAUGCAAAAAAGUGGCACUUGUGCAAGCACCACACACAGAGAAAACAAUAGCUUCAAUGACUGUAGACAGAUAAUUGAUAGAUCAAAGUUGAAAUCUGGUGUUACAACAACACGUGGAUUAGUAAUCAAAGAUGACGGUUACUAUCUGAUCCAACCAAUGCUUGGAAGGGGUUCAAAAGAGCAUGUGAUCCAGAAACGUUCCUUGGACACCAAAAAUCACAGUUGUGCUGCUAGAGAUGAUCCAAUUUCUGACAACGAUUUAUUCAGUCAUUUUUUUCGAUCAUUUGGUCAGAAUCUAUAUAUGGUCGGCAUUCAGGAAUUGACAAUUGAACUUGGCGUAUUUGUUGAUGACGCUCUUUGGUUCUAUUUUAAUGAAUUAUAUGGGCAAAAAGCUGAAAAAGAAUUACAACGAUAUGUGCUAGCCAUUGUUAAUAAUAUAGGUGCACUUUUCGGGCAUUCAUCAAUGAAUCCAAAAUUAAACAUCAAAAUAACUCGUUAUGAGCUUAUGAAGAAGUCACCUCCUCAAUUAAAUCGUCAAUUACAUUUAAACGGCGAAGUUGAUCGGCUUCUUGACGUCUUUUGCAGCUAUCAGGGUACUUUAAACCCGUCAGAUGACAAAAACCCACGACAUUGGGAUCAUGCACUUUUGCUUUCCGGUGUUAAUUAA